GACAAAUAAAUACAACAAUUACCGCUAAAAAAAUAAGUAAAUUCGGAACCCGUCUCUUCGUUUACGUCAGCAAUUUCCUUGCAAAAGCAAAACAGUUUACUUUUCUCAUUUUUCUCUCUCCAACUAAUCAAAGAGCAAUUUUCUUUCAGGUAUAUAUUCAAGAUAAGUAAUGGGUGAGUACUUGGUUUUAUGUGUUGAUCACCUUUUUACGCCUGAGUCAUUGCCAUUACUGCAAGGGCAAGAGGAUGUUGAGUUUCUUGGUGAGAGUUCUAGCUCUGGUACUGUCAAUCCAUCUGCUUCAGUGAUUGCUAUUAAGGAAAAUAAAGAAAAAAUAUUAGCUGAUGGAGGAGAACCUUUACUCGAGUCGAUGGAAUGCCGUAUUUGUCAGGAGGAAGAUAGUGUUAAAAACUUGGAGAUACCUUGUGCUUGUAGUGGCACCUUGAAGUACGCUCAUAGGAAAUGUGUGCAACACUGGUGCAAUGAGAAAGGAGAUAUAAUAUGCGAGAUAUGUCAUCAGCCUUACCAACAUGGCUACACUUCUUCGCCUCAUCUUCAUCCUGAUGAUACUGCUGUUGAAAUCAGUGGGGGCUGGACAAUUGCUGGUAAUCCAUUGGAUUUGCAUGACCCUCGACUUUUGGCUGUGGCUGGCACAGAACACCAUGUUUUAGAGGCUGAUUAUGAUGAGUAUGUUGAUUCAAGUGCUAGUGGCGCUGCAUUUUGUCGUUCUGCUACUUUAAUUCUAAUGGCUCUUCUACUUUUGAGGCACACUCUAACAAUUGGAAAUGGUGAUAGUGAUAACGACGACGAUGAUAUUUUCGCCUUCUCUAUUAUCUUGCUCCGGGUUAUGGGGUUCCUUCUUCCCUGCUACAUUGCUGCUUGGGCUAUCAGUAUACUGCAGCGUCGGAGACAGAGACAGGAAGUUGCCGCACUAGCAGCAAGUGAAGUUGCUUUCAAUGCUGAAGGCAGGGCAGCAUAGAGUUUUGCAAGUUACAAUAUCGUCAAUACCAGCAAUGACACCCACGCCUGGAGCGACUUCAGAACCAGCAAUGACCCCUCGACCUGAGCCAGCUAUAUAGCACUGCUUUCGUUCAUCUCAUGCAACUUUUGGACGUGUAAAUUUAUCCUGUGAUUUCAUUCUCAACAGUCUCAUCCAUUGAUAAAUACUGUGUGUUCCUCUGCAGUGAACAAAAUUUCGUUGAUGAGAUUAGAUUGUCUCCUUUUUCUGUGUAGAAUUGAUGGCGUUGAGGGUUUUUCAUGGUCAAGCGAACUGACCCAAGAAAAAUCUAGGAUAAAAAAGAGAUGGAUUGUUGUUAUUUGAGUUUUGAUUGAACCAUACCAUGUAUUGACACUUUAAAAUCGUUCAUCCCAAGCCAAAUUGAGGAUAACAAUUUGGACAAUCUUCAUCCA